AUGAAGCUUCUAUUCCCAAAGGAGCUUAUUGAUGAGAAUCUAGAAGGAUUCAAGGAGAAAGUGACAAGAACUCUAAAGCUUUUUCCUAAGGCAGUAGUGCCAAGGGACAUUCAUGGAGAGAUUGUCUAUCCAGCUGUGAAUCACCCACCAGAUACUCAUUGCAAGGAGAAAAGACUUGGAGGAUCAAGAUGCCUCUUGUCUCCAUCUUCUCCUGAGCGCCAAGCCUUACAGAUAGAAGGAGAAAAAGGUGUGAAAACACAAUCCGCGCCAAACAUUGGCCGCGGACGCGCAAAAGAUUUUGGCCGAGCAAAUUUCCAAUCGGGCCGACCGUACGGUCGAGCCGGGAAGGAACGGCUGCUCGGCCGGACACUUGCGCGACAAAACCGUUCGCGCGGCACGCACGGGAAAGAAAGGCCGCGAUCGGCCGAAUUUCGUAUCGGAACGGACCGACCGUGCCGGUCGAUCCGGGAAACAAACGAUCGGCCUCGGCCGAAAUUCUCUCCAUUCGCGAAUUUGGCCGACCAAAUCGCUCGACCGCGACAAAUCCAUCGGCCAUCGGCCCAAAACUUUUCUCGGCCAAGGUACCCAAUGGCAAAGACAAAAGGAAAUGAGAGUAUGAAGAAGAAGAAGAACCCAUUCAUGGAACCACCAAAGAAACAAAUCAAGCUAGGGAGUAGUAGCUCCAAUGCAAGAGCAGCAAUACCAAUCACCACAUUCCAUUGA